AUGGCGGUGACGAUGAGGAAGCGGCGUGGAGGCCCGGCGUUUCAGGCGAAAAAGCUAAAAAGAAACGAAAAAGAUGCUAAGCCGCCUGCUAAGCCGAGCGACGUAGCAGAGGAGGCGGAGGAGGAAGAGAGAGAUCGUAUCCCAGGCCCGGUUUGCAAGGGCAAGUAGAAAAAUAAGGAACGGAUUCUCAUCUUUUCUUCUAGAGGAAUAAAUUUCAGAACAAGACAUUUAAUGCAAGACUUGAGAAUGUUGAUGCCUCAUUCUAAAGCAGAUACUAAAAUGGAUCGUAAAGAUAAGUUAUUUGUGAUUAACGAGGUUUGUGAAAUGAAAAACUGCAAUAAAUGUAUCUAUUUUGAAGCUAAGAAAAAACAAGAUCUCUAUAUGUGGCUUUCAAAUUCACCUCAUGGACCAUCUGCUAAAUUCCUUGUUCAAAAUAUUCAUACCCUAGCUGAGCUAAAGAUGACUGGAAACUGUUUGAAAGGUUCUCAGCCCCUCUUGUCUUUUGAUCCUGCUUUUGAUGAAUUACCACAUUUUGCUUUGUUAAAAGAACUCUUAAUUCAGAUCUUUAGUACACCACGGUAUCAUCCCAAAAGUCAACCAUUUGUGGACCAUGUGUUUACGUUCACUAUUUUGGAUAAUAGGAUAUGGUUUCGGAACUUUCAGAUCAUAGAAGAAGAUGCUGCUCUUGUAGAAAUAGGACCCCGUUUUGUCUUAAAUCUCAUAAAGAUUUUCCAGGGAAGUUUUGGAGGACCAACUUUGUAUGAAAAUCCUCACUACCAGUCACCAAACAUGUAUCGGCGUGUCAUAAGAUCCAUCACAGCUGCAAAAUAGAAACAGCAAGUGAAAGACGUGCAGAAGCUGAGAAAGAAACAACCAAAGACUAUUCUUCCCAAUGAUCCCACUGCAGAUGUUUUUGUUACACCAGCUGAGGAAAAGCCGAUAGAAAUACAGUGGGUAAAACCAGAGCCAAAAGUAGAUUUGAAAGCAAGAAAGAAAAGGAUUUAUAAAAGGCAAAGGAAGAUGAAACAGAAGAUGAACCGUGGGAAUGCAAAAUGA